AUGGACGCGCAGCCGCAUCUGCACGUCGCGGAUCUGCAAUCCGCUAGCAGCAUUGGCGAUGGGAUCGCCUCAAAUUCAGAAGGCAAAGCAUCCUACAGCUGCGGUGAUGGGUCCAGUUGCAUCCAACGCAUCCGAAGCAGGAGGACUUCGUAUCCCCCGUGGUUCCGCAUACUAUUUAUUACUCUCACCUCCCUAGCUGUCGUGUACUUUCUGUUGCGUUGUUUUGAGUUGGUCGCAAAAACGACUGUUGCGGUAGAGGCGAAGAGAUCGCUUGCAGUUGGAGGCCGUUCAGCAUGCGAGGUUGAUACAAGUGCAAGUGAAGAUGAGGAGGAACAGCUGCCAGCUGCAGGUUUUGAAGGGGCUGGUGUGCAGGGACAUAUCGAAGGAGCUGCUUCUGGAGAAACAGGAUUGGAGUCAGGAGGUUUCUUACAGUGGGAACCAUGGAGUGCAUAUGCCAGUUAUGGGGCACACGAUUGGUUUCCUCCGCUGAGUUCAGCAGGCGGAAACGGUGUUGCUGCAUCAAAGAUGGUUCCUGAUGAACACGGAGAGAGUAGAAAUUUGCCGGUAAGACGUCAAGGUAGUGCAUGGGAUCCUUCAGGUCAAAGAAUGCACUGGGGUGACGAAAGAGAGCUUACGGAGCAAUUUUUCUCAGGGGAAGUUGCAGACGGGAGAGGAGGACAUGUACGCCCGAUAUUUGCCAAGUUCUUUCAUCGGGUAGAAGAUGAGGGGGAUUUGUGGGAAGGACGACGAUUACCUCCCUAUGCUGCGGAGCAGGUUGAGAGUAUAUAUGAACGUAUGCUGGAAGUUAUAGCAUCUUGCCGAAGGCUGCAGCAGGCGCUGUCGGGAAGCCAAUUUCUGCUCCUGACGCACUCAGUGAUGCGGUUGCUAGCGCUGGAUUUGGGGGCUAUUUCGGUUAUUCCAGAGGAUUUAGAGCGUUUGCGGUCGGGCUUGGGAGACGCACUUGUACAGUUAGGAUCACGAGUGCUUCAACACACUGACAAACAGGGGGAGCAUAGGAAGCUGUGUACGGAAGUCCAAUCUCUGAUACAUUUGACACGAGAGCUAACAAAGCCACGGCAAACUCCCCCAAAUACUAGGGCACUCACGCGUAUGAAAAAGAUGGCAACUCUUAUUCGAACUGCCGGCAUGACAGUAAAGAUGUGUUCUCUCGUUUUAUCUGGAUUGUCCAGCUUAAGUGAGGGUGCUUCUGGUCCUGUGCCAGAAAAUGUUGUAGAACAGCAGAUACGCGUUCUCGAGGCAUUGUUUACUGUCCACUCUAAUUAUAUCUUUAUUGACAACUUACAUAAACACUAUAUCGUACUAUGUCAGGCCAAAGUAAGAAAGCAGGCGCUUUUCGGGCCCAUGCACUACCGCAUGACCAAAAGAAAGCUACCAUCGCUGAAUCAGUUGUUGAAUGAGAUAUCUGAAGCCGUCGACACUGCUGGAGGUCUUCUGCUUUUCUCGGGAACAAGCGAGCCACCGCAUCACACUGCUCCUAGCAGUGUGCCUGCUACCCAUCGACAGCCUGAGUAUCGAAAUUGGCAGCCACACGGUUUAAACAUUCAAGCACAGAUGGAGAGAGAACCCCCUCCAGAAUUUCAGCCUCCCCAAGAGUUUGCAGGCCAUACGCUAUCCCCUGAUAUGCAGAUAGACGCUCCGCUAACAGCUCCAGCCCCUGAGUCCGCAACCUGGUGGCCUAGCCCACAACCACUAGAAGGCGUUCGUCCAGCAGUUCGUUCCCAAUCGCGAGAUGCUGAGGUAUAUCAAAAGCACCUACUGCAGGAUAGUCCGUCUCCAUUUGCCCCUACAGCAACCAGCACGUCUUCGUCUUGGAUGCGCUCGUCACAAGAAGUUAGUGCAGUCACAGGUUCGCUGUCUCCAUGGAACAGGCCGACGAUGCCUUCACACUCUCUUCAGGCGUUUGAAGGUUCCGACGUCGGUGCGUUCUCGCUGCAUCACUCUCCUCUUGAGCACGGUUUGGCUCUUGGCCAUGGGCAGCCUACCGAGCAGUCAAGAAGCGCUUCAGACGAAGCACGCAUGGGCUUAGGGGCACCAAGAAGUCCUCACUAUAGAGGCCUGACCUUUCCGGACGCAACGUCUCCAGCUCCGUGGUCACUAACCGUAACUGACCAUGUACUCGAUACUUCGAUGCGGGGAGCAGUGAGGGUUUACGAAGCUGAGGGACAUAGAAUUCUUCAGCAUCAAGGACCUGAACAAACAGAUGAUGACGACAGUGUUCUGUCUGAUCUUCUCAAAGGCGUUCUCGAGUUCCAGGGCAUAUUUCCAAAAGAAUCAGACAAGUCUUCGCCUGAAUGA